CAUCCCACCACUCACCACAGCCGCCACCUCAAGAGUUCUGCUCGAUGAGUCGCCAUGAACACCCGAUCCAGCGUAUGCUGACGGCCAACGCCCAGUGGGCUGAGGACGUCCAGAGGGCUGAGCCUUCGUUUUUUGAGCAGUCUGCCAAGGGCCAGUCCCCCCAUACGCUCUGGAUCGGUUGCGCAGAUUCUCGAGUACCAGACUCUAUCGUCACUGGCUCAAAACCAGGUGAAAUCUUUGUCCAUCGCAAUAUCGCGAACCAGCUCAAAUUGGACGACUACAAUGCCCUGUCCGUCCUUCGCUAUGCUGUCGACUAUCUCGGUGUAGAACACGUUGUCGUCGUUGGCCACACCGAGUGCGGUGGUGCAGCAGCCUGCCUUGCCGCCGCUCAGGACGUCAACCUCGACCUCGACAAGCCCAUCGCCACCGUCGGCUCUCUCCCUCCCGACUCGUCGCUCAACAGGUGGCUCGAGCCUCUCACCCGACUUGCCGUGUCGCUCGAGCUGUCCAGUACCCCCCACGAGGAGGCUCUUCCUCUGGUCGUUGAAGAGAACGUGAAGAUGCAGGUUGAAAACCUGGCCAAGACGCAUGCUAUCACGGAGGCAUGGACCAAGGGCACCAGGAAGGGACAGGAUGUCUGGAUCCAUGGAUGGGUCUACGAUAUCUCGACUGGAAAGUUGAGGGACCUCAACGUUUCUCGAGGCCCUCCUCCCAAGAAACCUCUCGCUGAAACCCCGGUCUGCGCUGAACCUGAGGAGUACAUCCCUGUUGACGAACCUGUCUACGGGCAACCCAGCGAUUACAUCCACGUCGACAACGCUCUCCCCUAUUACUAUGAGGAACCCGAGGAGUACAACCCUAUCAAGGCUGGCCCGGCUCACUAUGGAGUGAGCGAGGAAUACGCCCAAGUCGACAAACCUCCCAAGGCUGGUCCGAUUCAGGUCUUUGCUUGAAUAUAACUACCCGAAUUACAACACGGACGGACAUAUCUAUAGCUACUAGUACAUACAAUUCACAAUUCAGAAACAGAAGCAAAUUAGUGUAAUCCAACAAGAAGUUACUUAUUAGAAAUGGUCAAACUAUUGGUUUA